UAGUAGCCAUGGCGAGGUCAAAGGCGAGGGUGUACGCUUGUUGCGCACUGAUGCUGCUCAUUGUGCUUACUAUAAUUGUGUGCAUUGCUGUACUUGUGAGGCGCAAGUGUCCAGAUGACACUUUCUCCAGCGCUGCAGUGGCUGCAGACUCUGGAAAAUGUUCAGCGAUUGGAAGGGACAUCCUUCAAAAAGGGGGCUCAGCGGUAGAUGGCGCCAUCGCUGCACUGCUGUGCACCUCCGUCAUGAACCCGCAGAGUAUGGGUAUAGGAGGGGGGUCCAUAUUCACAGUGAUGGACAGCUCUGGUAAAGUGAAAAUCAUCAACUCCAGAGAGACGGUGCCCAGGAAGUUUAAAUCUGACCUGCUGACAUCAUGUCCCAAAACCUUCCAGAUAGUUGCAGGAAGCCCUUGGAUUGGGGUUCCGGGGGAAAUUCGGGGUUAUGAACAGGCACACAGGCUUUACGGGAAGUUGCCGUGGGCCGUCCUCUUCCAGCCAACCAUCAAACUGGCCAGAGAAGGGUUUCCUAUUCCUCAAAUCCAAGGUCGAUACAUCCCGUACAUUGAUAGGAACGAGACCCUGUCACUACGAAAGUUGUAUUCAGAUAAGAAUGGGAACUUGCUGAAGACCGGCGACAUUGUGAAGUUUGAGAAACUGGCCGACACUUUGGAGACGAUUGCAAAUCACGGGGCAGACGCUUUUUACACUGGAAGGAUAGCAGAGGAUUUAAUCCGUGACAUACAGGAGGCAGGAGGAACACUCACGGCGCAGGACUUGGCAGAGUAUAGAGUUACAGUGACUGAUGCGUGGGUUGUUCCUUUGGGAGAGUACCAGAUGUACAUACCCCCGCCCCCUGCAGGAGGCAUCAUCCUCAGCCUCAUCCUUAACAUCAUGAAAGGAUAUCACUUGAACUCAGCAUCUCUGGUAGGUGAACAAAAGACACGGGCCUAUCAUCAAUACAUUGAAGCUUUUAAAUUUGCCAAUGGAUUAAAGAACCACAUCCGUGAUCCAAAGUUCAGCUCAGAAAAGAUGGCCCAGAAGUUCACAGAGGAGAGCUUUGCCAACCACAUACGGAGCUUGAUCAGCAGAGACAAGACUCACGAUUCCCAGUAUUACAACAUCACCCCGUAUCUGGACAGCAUGGGGACCACGCAUGUGUCUUUGCUGGCUGAGGAUGGAUCUGCUGUGUCUGUCACCAGCACCAUCAACCACAUAUUUGGCUCAAAGGUAUUCUCUCCGAGCACUGGAGUCAUCCUCAACAACGAACUAUCUGAUUUCUGUGGGAGAGUCGAUAACAUCUUUCCUGGGGAGCAGCCUCCCUCCUCCAUGGUCCCCGCUGUGCUGAAGUCUAAGUCGAAGAUGCUGGUGAUUGGAGCGAGUGGUGGGAGUAUGAUCACAACUGGGAUCGCCUCGACGCUCAUGAAUCAUCUUUGGUUUGGAAAGAACCUUAAGGAAGCAAUCGCCACUCCGGUUGUUUUUGUCGACUCUGAAAAUACAGAGAAGUUUGAACCCGCAUUUGAUAAGGAUUUGAUCGUGGCUCUGAAAGCGCUGGGACACAAACAUGAAACUGCAAACCAUUUCUACAACGUGGUCAAUGCUGUGGAGAAGGAGGACGGCUGCAUCUGUGCCGUGUCUGAUGCCAGGAAACUGGGUGAAGCAGCCGGUUACUGAGACCAAGAGCCAGUGACAUUGGUUAUGAAGGAGGGCCUGAAUGUCACAGAGACCAUCCUGCAGCCACAAACCCACAAAUGCUGCAACAGAUGGUACAUGUCAUGUUGGAAGAAAUCAUCGAACAAGGCACUGAAUAACAGGCCUCUUCAGCUGAACGCUGACAGUAACAUGUAGCAGUUAAACAAGUGGCCUCUGAACAGAACUGAUUAUAACUGUGACAUGAUGGAUUUUACUGUGAAAGAAGAAACAAACGUGUCUGUAUACGACCUCCUGUGCCUCUCCAGCUCUGUUUCAGGUCUUGCCUUUUUUUUUCACCUUUUUAUUAUAAAACUAAACAUGGUGAUUAUACAUUACCAUAAUACCAGUGACUUUAUAGUACAUACAUGUUAAAAUCUGAGACACAGGAUACGUAACAGGCUAUUUUACACUGUCUCAUUAGGUUAAGAACAAUGUAAUAUCCACACUCUUAGUACUGGAGCUGUUCUUUCACCUCUAUAUGAGCUGUUUUUGUACUGUUUAUGGAACAUGCUUUGAAUGAAAAAUAAAUUUGGAAUAUUCAAUAAAAUAUGUUCUUUUUUUA